AUGGCGUCGGCCGCGCAAGAAUCCACCUCGACGCCCAGGACCUCAAGCGGCAAUGAUGAGCAGGAGGUGAUACUCGUGCUCGCCAAUGGCAUAGGAGUCCGACGAUACCAGCAACGCGACGUGGCAUCCAUCGCACGGCACGGCAACAACAAAAAGGUGUGGGCCAACCUGCGCAAUCGCAUGCCCUCGCCGUACACGGAGAGUGAUGCAAAAUGGUGGAUCGACCACAAUGCGAACCCCGCCAACCACACCGCGUCGGGACCCUGGACGCCGGAGACGGGCUCACAGGGCCCCAAGCUGCCUGCCAACUACGCCAUCACCGUCAACGACGAGGCGGUGGGCAGUAUCGGGCUAGAGUUCAACGACCCGACGGACGUGUCGGCACGCUGCGCGGAGAUUGGAUACUGGCUGGGGGAAGAGCACUGGGGCAAGGGCGUGAUGAGUGCCGUCGUGCCGGCGUUUGUUGCGUGGGCGUGGAGCACCUUCGGCAUCCUCAUCCGGCUAGACGGCGAGUGUUACGAGCAUAAUGCGUACAGCAGACGCUUGUUGGAAAAGGCUGGCUUCGAAGUGGAGGGGAUGCGCAGGUGGGCGAUUAUCAAGGAGGGUAGGGUCGGUAACAAGCUGGUGCUGGGAGCUCUUCGACCUGGGGUGCAUGAUCCGUAA